CGUGUCGAGAAUUGCCAUCCCUGCUUUCAUCAUCCCCUCCCCCCUCUCUCUCUCGAAACUCCAUUGGAAGAUAACAGAUAAAGCUUUCGUUUCCUUUUAGGAAUUCACCCUAAAAAAUGUUUCGUGAAUUCUUUUCAUACAAGUAAACCCACCCACCCAAUCCUCCGUGCGUCUACUUUACAAUCAUUCCCACAAAUUCGUCAUCGCUUCCAAUUAAGACAAUUGUAAUCAUCGAUCCUAGCAGCUACUGCUACAAAUCGUUUCUUAUGCAUACAUGUAGCUCUCUUUCGCUCUAUGAUUUCAAAUCGGUUAAGUUUUAGGUGCUAUGUAUGAUGUUGCUGCAUAAAUGAUAGGGUAAACUGGAAGGGCAUAAUGGCAUUAGUAACCCACCAGGUUCAGGGUUCAUAUGCUUCUCCAAGACCUUUAUCUUUGAAGAAAGGGAUCGAAUCAAAGAACUUUUUAGCAGCAUUUCCAAUUGUUAAGAGAACGGAUAUUAUAUUAUUGAAGCAUAGAUCUUGUUUAUGGUUUUAUGCAAUCAAUAACGACCUCACAUCUGCCUGUAACCUGUUCGAUGAAACUCCUAACAGAACUGUCUAUCUCUGGAAUUCCAUCAUCAGAGCUUACGCCCAAACCCAUUCUUUUCUUGAUGCAUUUUCACUCUUCAAACAAAUGCUGGCCUCAGAAACAAAGCCCGAUAAUUUCACAUUUGCUUGCAUUUUACGUGCUUGUUCCGAAAAACUAGAUCUUGAAGCUCUUAAGCUUGUGCAUGGGCAAGUAAUUGUUUCUGAUUUGGGAUCAGACUCCAUUACCGCUAGUGCACUUGUGUCAGCUUACUCUAAACUUGGCCUCGUUGAUGAUGCAAGAAUGGUCUUUGAUGGGCUAAACAGACACGACUUGGUUUUACACAACACAAUGAUUACAGGUUAUGGAUCUUGUGGGUACUGGGAGAAAGCACUAAAUCUGUUUAUUAUAAUGAGAAGAAUUGGAUAUCAGCCUGAUGGGUAUACAGUUGUAGGGUUAUUAUCGGGUUUAACAUGUUCUAGCUUGCUGGAAAUAGGCCAAGGAAUCCAUGGUUACUGUUUGAGAAGCGGGUUUGAUUCUAACACACACAUAAGUAGCGUCCUUGUUAGUAUGUACACAAGAUGUGGUUGUAUGAAUUCGGCCUAUAAAGUAUUUAGUGGUUUAUCACAUCCCGAUUUGGUAACAUGGUCUGCUUUAAUAUCUGGUUUUUCACAAUCUGGAGAGUAUCAUAACGCCUUAAUUUAUUUCAGGAAACUGAAUUCCUGUGGCAAAAAACCAGACUCCGUUCUUAUCUCCAUUUUACUGGCUGUAACUUCACAAUUGGUCACUUUGGCACCAGGUGUCGAGCUACAUGGUUAUGCCAUACGCCAUAACCUACACUCGGAGGUCAUGGUGUCUUCUGCAUUGAUAGACAUGUACUCAAAAUGUGGUUUCUUGGACUUGGCACUCAAGGUGUUCGAUGAAAUGCCUAAAAGAAACAUAGUUUCAUACAAUUCAGUAAUAGCAAGUUUUGGUUUAUACGGACUUGCAUCCGAGGCUUUUGAAGUGUUUCAUGAGGUUCUUGAACGAGGUCUAAAACCUGAUGAAUCUACUUUCACUGCUCUACUAUCUGCUUGCUCCCAUGGUGGUCUUCUUAAAGAAGGUCGAGACGUUUUCAGAAGAAUGAGGGACGAUUUUAGCAUUGAAGCAAACACUGAACAUUAUGUUCAUUUUGUGAAGCUUGUUGGUAUGGCUGGGGAGUUGGAUGAAGCUUAUGAGGUUGUUAACUCAUUGGGAGAGCAUGUGGAUUCUGGUAUUUGGGGUGCGCUUCUUUCUUGCUGUGAUGCACAUAAUGAUUUGAAAAUGGCAGAGAUUGUGAGUCAGCGACUCCUUGAGUGUAAGCAAGAGAGAAUCAGCUACAAAGUUAUGGUUUCUAAUAUGCUUGCUGGAAAUGGGAGGUGGGAUGACGUGAAAAAAUUGAGGGAUGAAUUAGAUGGUGUGGGAAAUAGGAAAGUUUGUGGUGUUAGCUGGAUUGAGGUCUAACCGAAGGAAAUACCAAAGUUGAAAGGGGCAUGUAACGUAGCGGUAUCAAGAAUGUUGUAAAUAUGCCCCUUAAGCCAAUGAAUUCAGGGUUCAAGUCCCGGUUUAGUUUAGGAGCAGAUUAAGGGGUGUGUGAGUUAGUUGUUCAAAUGAAAAUUAACAAUGGAAAUGAUUCAUAUCUAUGUUAAAUAUAUGAGAUUAGUGGUUGCGGUG